UAGACGAUAACGGAUACAAGCGCUAGCUCAAAAUUUAUCUCGGAAAUAUGAGGCAUGCGGGUAACGCUGAGAUUGCCACAUGAGCAAACGAACACGACAGACGACUUUUUUAAGUUGACAUACAGAAUAUUUAUUUUCUAACAUUUAUUUCUUUUCGUUCGAAGGUGGAUAUGUACUCUUUGAAAAGUAUGGAGCGUAGUAAUUGUUUUAUUGUUUAUCUCAUUUUAAUUAUUUGUACAUUCUUUUGCAACUAUGUUAUUUGUGAUCUACGAAAUAUUGCCAAAGGAUUAGCACAUCCAGAAUUGCGAGAAAUACGCAAGAGAUGGGGUGCCACAGACAUAGUAAGAGAUUUAGAGCAUAUUAAGCAAGACAUGCAGCGGAUUACAAAAAUGCAAGAUGCUGGGCAAAUUUCGACAAAUGAAGCUUUAUUUUACUUUUUAAGGAUGCAUGAUUUUGACGACAACGGGAAAUUAGAUGGGCAUGAACUCAUGGCUGCAAUGACGCAUGCCAUGGAACACAACACCGAACAGCAUGAUAUGCCAUUUGAGGAAAAGGAAGAGCUUGUGGACAGUUUCUUCGCAUAUGAUGACAACGUAGAUGGUUUCAUUAGUUACCCGGAGUUCCGAAAGCACCUUUCGGGGGACAAGGAGAACAGUCCUAUAUAGAAAAAAAAAAGGAAAAAUAACGAAAAAAUGCCUUGCAGAGCUUAGGUAUCGUUCCCAAUAAUAAAAUUCAACGUUCGAAUAUCAAAAAUGUUCAUCAUAUUCAUUAACCAUCACAUCAAAAGUGUACCUAGGCAGUCAUUUCGAAAUAAAGAAAAUACAU